AUGCUGGCCAGGGGGCUUCCCCUCCGCUCAGCCCUGGUCAAAGCCUGCCCACCCCUCCUGAACACGGGCAGGGAGGGCUGGGGCCACCACAGGGUGGGCACUGGAGAGGGAGCUGGCAUCUCCACGAGGACCCCUCGCCCCUACAGUGAGAUCCCCUCCCCUGGUGACAAUGGCUGGAUUAACCUGUACCAUUUCUGGAGGAAGAAGAGCUCACAGCGAAUCCACUUUCGCCACAUCGAGAACUUCCAGAAGUAUGGCCCCAUUUACAGGGAGAAGCUCGGCAAUUUGGAGUCAGUUUAUAUCAUUCACCCUGAAGACGUGGCCCAUCUCUUUAAGUUCGAGGGAUCCUACCCACAGAGAUAUGACAUCCCGCCCUGGCUGGCCUAUCACCAGUAUUAUCAGAAACCCAUCGGAGUCCUGUUUAAGAAGUCAGGAGCCUGGAAGAAAGACCGGGUGGUCCUGAACACGGAGGUGAUGGCUCCAGAGGCAAUAAAGAACUUCAUCCCACUGCUGAAUCCAGUGUCUCAGGACUUCGUCAGCCUCCUGCACAAGCGCAUCAAGCAGCAGGGCUCCGGAAAGUUUGUAGGGGACAUCAAGGAAGACCUGUUUCACUUUGCUUUUGAGUCCAUCACCAAUGUCAUGUUUGGGGAGCGCCUGGGGAUGCUGGAGGACACAGUGAACACCGAGGCCCAGAAGUUCAUUGAUGCCGUCUACAAGAUGUUCCAUACCAGUGUCCCUCUGCUCAACCUCCCUCCAGAACUGUACCGUCUGUUCAGAACCAAGACUUGGAGGGACCAUGUAGCCGCAUGGGACACAAUUUUCAAUAAAGCUGAAAAAUACACUGAGAUCUUCUACCAGGAUCUGAGACAGAAAACAGAAUUUAGGAAUUACCCAGGCAUCCUCUACUGCCUCCUGAAAAGUGAGAAGAUGCUCUUGGAGGAUGUCAAGGCCAAUAUUACGGAGAUGCUGGCCGGGGGUGUGGACACGACAUCCAUGACGUUGCAGUGGCACUUGUACGAGAUGGCACGUAGCCUGAAUGUGCAGGAGAUGCUGCGGGAGGAGGUUCUGAAUGCCCGACGCCAGGCAGAGGGCGACAUAAGCAAGAUGCUGCAAAUGGUGCCACUUCUCAAAGCUAGCAUCAAGGAGACGCUGAGACUCCACCCUAUCUCCGUGACCCUGCAGAGAUACCCUGAAAGUGACUUGGUUCUUCAAGAUUACCUGAUUCCUGCCAAGACACUGGUGCAAGUGGCCAUCUAUGCCAUGGGCCGAGACCCUGCCUUCUUCUCCAAUCCGGACAAGUUUGACCCAACCAGGUGGCUGGGUAAAGACAAGGACCUCAUCCACUUCCGGAACCUGGGCUUCGGCUGGGGAGUGCGGCAGUGCGUGGGCCGGCGGAUCGCCGAGCUGGAGAUGACCCUCUUCCUCAUCCACAUUCUGGAGAACUUCAAGGUUGAAAUGCAGCAGAUCGGUGAUGUGAACACCAUCUUCAACCUCAUCCUGACUCCGGACAAGCCCAUCUUCCUUGUGUUCCGGCCCUUCAACCAGGACCCGCCCCAGGCGUGA